AUGAAUGGCACUGAGAUCUUAUUCUACCAGGAGAGCUUGAAGGAACCCUCCACCUCGUUUGUAUCGGCUAAGGGCUCAUCAGCCUUCGAAAGACUACCUGAUGAAAUUAUCGAACAAAUCUUGCGACUCACCACCCCAAACGUUUUCGCGUCUUUGGUUCUCUUGAAUCGCAAAUGGAGGACGGUAUCUCAGCAAGCACAUCUAUAUGCGGACCACUUGGCUCGAUGUCCUUCUUACUCCGCAGCCCACCGUGGAGCUACAAUUCCAGAGGACGAGGAGAGUCUACCACGUCUUCGUAGACUCUUCGCACGGGAGGCAAAACGGAAUCUAUUCGAUGCGUAUCUGCGGCCACGAGAAACGAUCAUAAACUUGGUAUCAACAUCAAUUAGUUCGUCGUCAGCCCCUGGGGGGGAAGCUUUUCACUUCAGCCUCUCACCAAGAGGUCACCAUAUUCUUGCUUACAAUUCCUCUCGUAUCCAUGUCAUAGAUGUGACGGGGCCGGAGAUAACGGUGAAGAGAGAGCUCAAGAUACUUCGGAGACCUGCUUCCACUACAAUAACCGAUAAUGGACUCCUUCUGGCAGUGCUUUCCACGGAUUUGCAAGUGGACCUCUACGAUUUGUCGGGAGAGCACCCGAAGCACACCCGUGCUGUGGCAUUAAACCACACUCCACGGACCAUUGCUUUGUCUCCAACCGGCUCUGUCCUUGCUGCAGCCUACGACUCGGGUGUGGAGGUAUCAUCGCUGGACCCGAGCUUUGCUAGUACAGAUAGACGAUCUGUCAAAUGUUAUGCUGCCGAUUCUCUGUCUUUCUCUCGGGACGGUACGCAGCUACUUGGGACAACUAUGCAGUCCCGAAACUCGAGCACUGUGAUUCUCACCGCUCCUUAUUACGACCCUAGUGGAAGUCUACCCGAAAAUAGUGUCAGCUCUCUAUGGACGACAUCCAUUCUCUUCCCGAACGGCAGCCGAGACUGCAGCCAUGCAGUCCUCCUCCCCAAUUCCUCCGAUGGAGAAGUCAGUUGGGCUUUUACGUACGAUCGUAUCUUCGAGACGUUCCGCGCUGUGCGCGUAAAUGAUCUUCGAAACGGAACAACAUAUUUUACUGGCCCUACUGCUGACUCCGCUUGCGCCUCAAGAUUGUUCCCAAGCACUUUACCAACGGCGACUGAAUCCGGGGAUAUGGUGGCCUCGGGCUUCCAGAGUUCAAUAUGGCUGUAUGGGGUGCCCGAAGAUCUUGAGGCGCCGCGGAACAUCAGAGAUAGCCUAGCGAACAGCUCCGAGAGUGAAGUGAGCACCCCUCCAACCUAUUUUGGGCGUCGAAAUAGCGAGCCCUGCGUUAGCUUCGUGGACAGAACCCGAGAAGGCAUCAAUAAGACUCCGCAGUGGCAAAAUCUCGGCGAUAGGUUGAGGAACACAUUUGUUGAAGGCCGUAUGGUGGGCUCUCUUGAUCGUGUCAGUGCACUGGCCUGGGUAAACAAUCAGUCAACAAAAUUUUUGGGGAACAGACUGAUUGCUGUUGCCCCUGGCGUCGGAAUUCAAGCUGUCGUCAAUGGGGACGAUGGCAUGAUUCCCGCGGAUGGAGGUCGUAUAUCUAUAAUGGACUUCGGUUAUCGUCCGUCAGAUGGCGAGAGAAUCGUCUCAACUAUUGAAGUUGGUAUCAAGGAACCCGAGGUACUGGAAGAAGCGCAUAGAGACCUGGAUACCGAGGUUGCCAUUAUCAGAAGAAGGUCCGUUGCUCAGAGAGGAGGGGAUCGCAACCACGUUUCCCGAGCGGCUGUACCGACUCGCUCUCCCCGGCCGCCGCCUAUGCCAGCUACCCCAGAUCUGGGCAACCGGACGGUGAGAACACUCAGCCAACAAACAGCAUUUACCGGACAAUCGCAAACCACGGACGAGGACCAAGAAGCCUUCGACGCUCCAUAUUCUCAGACAAACCCACGAUCUGGCAUAACUCUCCGCCGAGCUGCUUCUGCCGCCGCUGUCAAUAGAAGAUUCCGCCCUGUCGCACCUGAUUAUUUUCAAUACCGACGUGCUGAUGGAAGGGAAGAGCAUCCCCAUGAAAGCGAUGCGGACGAUUGGGUCCCACCACCUCCUCCCUAUACCCGCGAUCCUCUUCCCCUCCUGCCAGAACAUAUACAACGAUCUAUUCUUGCUGAAGCUGCUCCCGCCCCAUUAGAGCGAUCAAGAAGAAACUAUCCUGCGAGAUUUGACUUUCCUGACCUCGACUCCGGCUUUCUGAAUCGCCCUCGGACAAUUGCGACAGCGCCAUAUUUGAGUACAAUGGAAUCUCGAAGGGAUCGCAUACCAUUUCACAGAGCUUUGAGCGACUCGACAAACGUGAUCUCGGAUCGUAUCUCGUUUGAAGAGGAUCGCCGGCCUGUAACUUCUCCUUUAUCUCACGACUAUGAUGAUAUUUAUGACGUUUCUCCCCAAAUAUCGCCAGUGUCGUCUCCCCAGCCUCAGAAUGCAUCCAUGAAUCAAGUUCCUAGACGACAACUUGGUGCACAGUCACAAGCUCCUGCUGCUGUAGCUUCCUCAAGUCCGCCACCAGUAAUGCAGGCGACAGUACAGCAGCCUACGUCGCCAAUUCCGCAGCCCAAGCCACUUCGACAAGGCCAGCAACGACGUGAGCGGACAUUCGAGACAAUCAACGAAGGGGAGUUGUCCUCAGACACGGAUUCGGAUCACUCCUCAUCAGGGUGCGGACGAGUACAAUCUCAAGCGGCCAGGAGGGCCACGCAAGUGCCCCCGCGACCUGACAACGCUCACCGGUUGCUUGGGCCACCAUCACUAUCGCCCAUGUCUCAAACACCACGAAAGAUCAUCGAGUUGCAAGAAAUGCCUCCAACACGAAGCGAUACUUCGCCAGUAAUCACACCACGGGCUCAGGAUAUUGAUGGCGACCCAUUCACAAUAUCGCAACGAGCCGAGACAGAACCAGCUAUGCCCAGGUCACGAAGCAGUCAAAGCUCAUUCCGGCUGUCUAUGCCCAGCCCAGAUCAAAUUGCUCGUUUAAACAGCAGACAAGGCCGUCCAGUAGGCCUUGCAGACCCUCGACGUCUUUCCGCUGGGCCCCACAGCAGAAAUUCCUUAGGAGCAUCAUUCCAAUACAUAUCUCCAGAAUCGAUCCCCGAGCAAGCCUUUAAUGGCAGCCGAGCACCUCGAGCCGCCGUCGGCGCUUUCGGCACAUCACCCCAGCGCCAUGGUCGCGGAACUUCACCCCAGGGUAGCCCAUUCUCACAUUCUCCCCAAGGAGGUAGUCUCUACUCCUCCCCAUCUCGUCGUCCUAGCGGCAAUACCCACUCCCGAAACCCAGCGACCCACUCUCCCAGUCUCCGGCCACGAUUGUCCCGCCUGGAGACUAUCCACUCUCACACGUCAGGCGUAGGGGAGCCUUCUCCAUAUUUUGUUAGGAGAUCAGUUUCCAUGGGCAGACAGCCCGGUCGCGCCGGGAGGAGGGCGGUGCAUGAUAUAAAGGAUGCGAAGAAGGGAUGGCGGACGAUGCGGAAGACGAAGAAGGAUAAACAUGUGGAGGACACGAGUAGUGCGGGGUGGGCUGAUGUGUCAAAGGACUCGGGUACACUGGGAAAAAAUGGGGGGAAGAGGGAAGGGAAGUGUUUGGUCAUGUGA